AUGAAUCCAUUUAUCGUGCUGUCAACCCUCAGCCUCCUUGGACCAGCCUCAGCCGACUGCAAGACUUGCGCUUUAACCUUCUACAAGAUUGCCUGCAGGAACGAAAUUGGUGACUGCCGGCCUGCUAGGAUCUCGUCGAUUCAUUUCUGGGGAAAGACGGCCUGCUGUGAUAAUGCUGCAUAUCCGCAUGUUACUUGUACCAAGGAGUGUCAGGAGCGACCUCCCAAGUCAGGCGGCCGCAGCCAAGCCAAGCCCACGUGA